AUGAUACAAUCGCUCGACGUCCCUGUCGUGUCGCUUGCCGUCCCAAACAUUCACAAAUUGAACGACAUUACUAGCGAUGACUUGUCUUGCAUGUGGACUGUUUUUACGAAAUGCAAAGACAAUCUCGAGAACGGGAGACGCCUGGAGAACUUAAGCUGGCGAUUGUGGUAUCGCGAGUCUCUCAUUGAGAAAGCCAAAGAGCAGCAUGUGCGUACGCCCAUUCCCAUUCAGCACAGUAAUGCAGCAGAGGAGGACUACUUUACCUACGCGUCGUCAACCUCAACAUCGUCUACAUGUUCCAUACCACAAACACCACGGUCUUUGAAGCAUGUUUCACCAUCCUCUUUCAAGCGAAUGAUCUCGUCACUCAAUACACCCAUUGAGCCAUAUCCUCUGCCCACCGUUUCCCAAUCGAACCAUAAAUCGAACACCAUCACCGCUGCCCCAGCAACGACACUUGUGGAACGUGCAUCUAAAAACGACGCCAUCGUACCACCGCCAUCUCCACCUCCAAGUGCAACAUCUCAACAUCAACAUCAUCAACUUUUACCCAACAACCACCACCACCAUCAACAGCAACAACAACAAGCAAAACCCCCGCAUACGCAUACUAGCAAAUUCUAUCUUUCAGAUGAAGAAGAAGAUGAAGAUGAAGAAGAGGAUACUGUUCACGAUGUCCAUGAUGGUGCAGACGAUGAUGGCUUUUGGAGUACAGUAAGAUCGAAUGAUACCGAUUUUAUUUUAAACGACACUUGUAAGAAGCCCGCUGUCUCAACAAUACCACCAGCCAAGGAGAAUCCAUCGACUGAAACCAACAAAACCAGUUCCUCCACAUUACCUAAGAAUCCUUUUCAAAAGCGAAUUCCGCCAAAAAUAGCCGAUCAUCCACCACAGCAAUCCUUACUUACAACUAUGCUCGUUUCCAAAUCUACCACACCAAUGGUGAGGCCCCGCCGUAUUAUUCAUUCUUCUCGACGUGGCAACAAAUAUCAACCUUGUCCACCAUUCACAAACGACAUGGAUCUCUCACAAAGCCUAAGGUAUUGCGUGGAUUGGGAACAGCGACAAAACAAUACUUGUACUGCUGGUGGUAGUGGUCUGGAUUCAAGAGUCGCCGAUGAUCAUCCAUCCAUUUUAACUUCAAGCUAUUGGGAAAGUUUCCAAGGAUGGUAA